UUACUUCACUUUAUGGUUUACCGCUGCUUCGCAAAACGAUUCGGUAUUCUACAAUGGAUCUUUUUAGUUUCAUUCAUAUUUUCUAGUUAUUAGACUAGUGUUUAGUACAAGAUAUCAAAGGUGAAACAUUGUGCAAUAAUACGAAACCAAAAUGAAACCGCGUCCGUGUGGUUGUAAGGGCUGCCGAACAUGUCUCAUUUGCGAAACUUAUUACGGUGCAAAUACUUUAAAAGAUAUCAAGCCUCUUGAUAAAGAAAAAGGCUACGUGUACUGUCCCUUUUGCAACAAAGCCUGGAGCGGCUGGGACAUCGAUUCGUACAAACAACAUCCAAACCACGAAGGUACCUCGAUAGAUUAUCCUGGAGUGUUUAUAAAGCUGGACUUUAUAUCUUUAGACGAAGAAAAAGAACUUGUGACAAAUAUAGACGAAGUCCCGUGGGAUAACUCUCAGAGUGGACGUCGUAAACAGAACUAUGGACCUAAAACUAAUUUUAAAAAGCAGAAAAUCGUUCCUGGUAAAUUUGAAGGUUUUCCUAAAUUUUCGAAGUAUUUGCAAGACAGAUUUCUUAGUAUAGACUUGUUGAAAGGCUAUGAAGUGAUAGAACAGUGUUCGUUGGAGUAUGAUCCUACCAAAGGUGCAUCUAUUGACCCUCAUAUCGAUGACUGCUGGGUUUGGGGUGAGAGAAUAUUAACCGUCAACUGUUUAACUGACUCUGCUCUUACCAUGACACCAUAUAGAGGGGAUAAGAAGAGAUAUAACCUGUACUGCGCUGAGGAAUACCCACCCUUGGUUGAAGCAGAUGGCAGUAUAAAUUUACAGUGUAAAGACAAAGGGAAAAGCAUGUUAGAAUUCUGUAAACCUAUAAAAGAUAUGGAUGUUAUCAUUAGGAUACCAUUAAUAAGGAGAUCCCUAACAGUAAUUUAUGGUGAAUGCAGAUAUCACUGGGAGCAUUGUGUCCUCAGAGAGGACAUAACAUCUAGAAGAGUAUGCAUAGCAUACAGAGAGUUCACACCGCCUUUCAUGAGCAAUGGUAUACAUUCGGCCAUCGGACAUCAAAUUAGGGAUAAAGGUAAACAGUUUUGGGACCAUCAGCAGAGGUUUAAAGAUGUGUGUGCAAUUCAAAAUGAUAUUUUAUAAAGACACAUA